AUGAAUGAUCCAGGAAUGAAUAGUUAUUCCUUUCCGCCUCAAAAUAAUGAUGACAAUAGUGAAGUUCUACCUGAUUCUCCAGGUGAAACCAACAAUGUUUACCAGAAUCAAUCAAUAGAUUUAUCUUUGGAAGACCAAAGGGAACAGAGUGGGUUCUCUGAUAAUCACGGUGAUGUGUUACCUAUUUUGAGUAAUAUCAAUGAUUCUUAUGAGAAUUUCUCUUCAAACGUUUUAAAUAAAGAAAUCAGGCAAUCUGCUCAACUUCCAACCUUGCCUCCAGACAUUCUUGCCUCUAAAGAAUCAGUGAACAUUUCGAAAUUACCUCAAUUGUCCCCAAACGGCGUCGAAACUGGCAGUCAUGGGUUAGGAUUGAAUCAGGUUACUCUCGAUGAUCCAUCAACUAAACAUACUGCAAACAUCAGUCUGGAACAUCAACAACAGACUAAGGAUAACUAUAUUUAUGAAUCACAGAAUACUUUGGACCUUAGAAGGAACCUGGCAACGGAAUUUAAAACUCCAGCUGAUUAUGCUUUGCAUAUACUAUUCACACAGUUUGUCAGAUAUGCGGAAAGAAAACUUCAUUUAUGUCUAGACCAAUUUGCUUUAGACGAUGAAUUGGGAGUGGUCAAUUUUCUUUCUGAAGCUGAUCCCACUUUUGACAAAAUAAUUGACUCCCUUGGUAACAUAGCAAAGAAAAACCCUAAACCGAUUAUUGAUUCAGUGAUGUUCUGGAGAAAGAGCAAGGCCGAAGUAGCGCUAAUUGCCUCUCAAGAGGUGGAUAGAAAUAUUGAAUUGUUCAAGAAAGAGCGUUCCCAUUUGAACAAAUUAAAGGAGGAAAAUCAAGACACGACUGUUGCUUCCGUCAGGCUUUCUGAUUUGGAGAUUUUGGUAAAUGAUUCCAAAGAGACGGCUCUUCAGGCUGAUAGAAAAUCUUUGGUAAGCACAUUUCUUGUCUGUCGAGUCCUAAUAGAUGUUGUCAAGAAGACUCCAACAAAAUCAUUUACUGGAGAUUUAGAAGAGAAGCUUGAAGAUACCUGCUAUUCACAACUUAAGUCAGCUGAUCCUUUACUUUUGAGAACGAGUAUAAUUCGUACAUCCAAUUGGAACCUUUUUGCUGAGCUAAUAAGUUGUCUUUCGGCAAAGCGCUUUAUCAGCGUCAGCGACAGAUUUAUUGCAGAUUUGGAAAAAUAUCCAACAGGCUAUGUAGCAUCGUCUGAGAAAAAUUUAUCAGAAGUUCAACUUAGUUUCAUUAUUCACGGGUCGAGAUACCUUAAGCUGAAGACAAUUCCAUUGGAGUCGUUUGAGGAUAGUGCAGACUUUAUGAAAAGUUUUGGAAAAUUCUUUUCAAUGUGUCAAAAUCCGAAUUUACUCAUUGUCUACUGUCAAGUUCUGAGCCAUCUUCUUUACUCGGUAAGUGAUGUUAUCACCGCUGAAGUGAAUCACCCCACUUGGGUUGAAGCCAUCAAUUUGAUUUUUCAAAAGGCUCAGACGCUAAACAGUGCUGCUUCUUCUAUUCCUUGGAUUCAUGUCAUACAACUAACCACAGCUGCUUUAUGUUCUUCAACAGAAGCAAUCUUCAAGGAUCAUUGGGUUUCUUUAAUUGACGAUCUCGCCGCAAAUCUCAACUCAAAGACCCCUAUUCGAAACAAAGUCGUCAUUAUGAGAUGUAUUUGCAGACUAUGUUGGGUAUAUCUUUACAGAAACACAGAAUCGUUUAACUUAACGGUUAAGAAAAUUCGAUACGUCCAUCUGUUACUUCAACCAAAUGGCCAGACAACAGCGAACUCAUCCAAGAAGAAUGUUCAUUGGCUAGUUUCCGACGAUGAGCUUGUUGCCUCUGUGAUUUACUUUUUUAGAUUGUCAUCUUUCAAGCUUUUGGAUUCUGAAAUGGAAAAUAAUCUGCUUCCUGUGAUGCACUCUAAUUUUUUUGGUAACUCAAUCGGUUCACCGAUGCUAUUGACCACUACCAUUAGGUGUUACGUACAUGUGCUUAAGGAUUCUGGUUCUACGGAGAGACCCCCUUUUCCAACUGACGAGGUUAUAAACACUUUUGAAUCUGAGUUGGAUCAAACGCCUGCAGGACGGAUUCCGUUCAAAGAAAACACAUCUGCAUACAUUAACCAUGAAGAGUUCUCCCAUAUCAUAGGUGAAUUGAUCUUACACCUUGAUCAGGUGUAUGGAGCAAGUUCUCAAAAAGCCGCCUCGUCAGAUAAGCUGUCGCAUAAGUCUAGCGCUUCAUUUUCCUCUUUGUCAUCUGCUUCGUCGUUCAAGAACGCAUUUACGUUCAUGAAGUCAAAUACCGAUUCCCAGAAGAAGGACAAAGAACAAUACUCAUUACUGUUUGCAUCGGUUAUUGAAGUAAUUCCGUGGUGCUUUUUCAACAAGGUAAUAAGCUUCAGAAAGCUCGUCGAAUUAUUGGUACGAAAUGCUUCUCAUCCUGAUGUCCUGAUUGCAAGUGAGGCAAUAUCCGGUCUUAAAGUGUUCAUGGUAAGCGGAAAGCAAAGUAUUUUAUUGAACACCUUUACAAAUUAUGCUUUCAAGCUUGAAGAUAAAAACAAUCACAACUCUCUGAACCACCAGUACCUUAACUCGAAUGAGUACCUUCAUUAUCUUAACAUUUACCAUGAACUUCUAGAAAGCUGGCUCGACUCUCUCAAGAAGAGAAAUGAAAAGAAAUCAGCAAGGGUGGAACCCCUGCAGUCAGGGGAUGCCUUACAUUUACCAACCGAGAUUAUGCCGUUAGAUAUGGCUGACACAAGUGUAAGCAAAGAACAAGAGGUUAUUGAACAACUGGAAUUGAAGAGCAUUGCAGCUAUUAUUGAUGAGUUCGAAGGGAACGCAAUGUUUUUUCUUUGUAGCCAUAGUAUUGAUGUGAGAACGUUGGGAGUCAAACUGCUUAAAUUGGUUGUUGAAUUUGACAAUUUUUUCAACGAAGCACCACAAGCGGGAUCAAAUGAUAAUGAAGGAAAUGGCCAUAUCAGAGCAACUUCUAAAUUUGCUGCAGAAUUUGGAACAAGAGUUAUUCAGGUUUUAGAAACGAUUGACUUUUUCGAAUUGAUGACAGGCAACCUGAAACGUAAUGAACUGAGUUACCCAGAAAAGUCCAGACUCAGCAAACUCCAAUUAAAAUCAAGAAAGGAUACUUUAAUUAAACUUGCAGAAAGUAAUUAUGGUGUUGAUUCGGCCCUCUGGUUUAGGGUCUUCCCAUCUAUUCUUUCAAUUUUUGUUGAGCGCUGCCCUAUCCCCAUUGCAAUUUGUAGGACUUACAGCUGCGUUCGGAUGGUCCAACUAUAUGAUCAACUGUUAGACACUAUCAAUAAUGAUAAGGAUAUGGGCCAGAGUUACUCCAUUAUCAAGGAGUACAAAAUUUAUCUUAUGAUUGCAUGUGCUUCUUUAACUUCAACGAGUGAACAGAGAAUGCAUAUACCUCGCCUUUUGGGAAGCAAUACAAGUGAGAACCAUUUGGCAAUGACGAAAUCACAUUCUAGAAAGAAGUCUCAACAAAUGUUUACUCUGCAACAUAGAACGAUUACUAGCGUAAAAUCCAUCUUCAAAAUGGUUAUUCCUCUCCUAGGUACAAAUUCAGUGGCACUGAAGGACACUGUAGUGUCCGGUUUGAGUUGUCUUAAUGUCAAUAUUUUCACGUCUUUUUUAGAAAGCAUUAAACCAUAUUUUCAGACUUUCGCCGACGAUACUGUAACAAGUUCAAUUACCACAGGGCCAGAAAAUCUGAUUCGAAUUGAGCUAAGUCAGAUUUUAUACAAAUUAACUGGUUCUUACCUGAAACCUGAGUUCAUCAACUAUGUUUAUGCCGAUCAAACUAUUUUAUCACAACUGUUAACAUAUAUCAAAGAACUAAAAUCUUUUCUUUCUGAAAAUACUAUUCAACAAAGUUUAGAAUUUCAACCACUAAGAAGUUAUUUCACAGGAAUAUUGGAGAAUGUCUAUCAGGGAAUUCUACAAAGCGAUGAGGACAUAGAUAAAUGGCUACCUUUUGAAGCUCGAGUGGGGUGUUUUUCCUUUUUGGAAGAGUGGAGUAGCUAUGGCCGAUGUGUUCCCAUUUCUACACGUAGAUACGAAGUAAUGCAAAAGAAAGCUGCCGCGUCUAAAGAUGCCGUGUCCGAAUGUGCCAAUCUAGAAAUGGAAAAAACGAAGCUACAAAGAUUGGUGAAUUCAUGUAUGGUAUCUCUGUGCACGAGCCCCAUUACAGAAUCUGUAAACGAAGAUGGUUUAUCUGUUGUCAUGUCUUUUGAUAUAAACAGCUUGAUGACAUGGAUCGAAUCAUUGUGCAGGUCAAAAGAUAAACAAGCACAUGCGCAGGGGAAAGAAGCAUUACUCAACGUCUUAGUAAUGAAUGACAAUCUUCAGUCAAUAAUCGAUAUGAUAAUCCGAAAUUGCUAUUGCUACCAUGAGAGCUCUGCAUCGUCAGAAAUAUAUUUCACCGUUCUCGUUCAGGCAUUCAUUCAGAAACCUAACUUUCCCAUUAAACUAUUUGAAUGCAUUUCCUUGGGACUUUUUGGUUCAGGUUCUGAGAACUUUAAUAUCAGGUCGCAUGCCACUAAAUUUUUAGUCGAAAGUGAGAAGAGGUUCUUCCAUUCUUCCGUUAGUGAAAGGUUUACAGAGAGUAUCAGAAGUAGGACCAGAGUUAUCUACAAGAGGGCAAUGUUUAACUUGGCCACAUACUUUGCUUCUAGAUACCAAGAAGAACAUAUGAAGGUAAUCAGUGAGCUAACAAUGAUAUUUCAUUUAGUUGGGCCUGAGCAAAGGAGGGAUGUCUUGGUAUCCUUGAUUCCAUGGGUUCAAAUUGUUAAACUUGAAUUGGAUCCGGAGAACCCAAAUUAUGCGUACUCUAAUAUGGUGAUCCAGAACUUCUUUGAAAUAACUAUAAAAUUUAGCGACAAGAUACAAAAUGAAGUUGAGGCCCUGUGGAUUGCAUUGGCAAAUGGUAGUCAUCCUCAAAAUGCUCAUGAAAUUGCAAAAUUCAUAAUGGACAAUAGUAUUGAAAGAAAAAAUCCCAUAUUUGUUGGUAUAUCAAGACAGGUUUUCGUUUACUUAUCGGCCUCUUCUGCCGGACCAGAUCUUGUGAACCAACUAAUCACAAACUUGGAGCCUAAAUGUAUGGUUCCUCAGCAACCAAAGACAUUGUCCAAUCCACCAAUUGCACUUGAUCUGCCAUAUGUUGCAAAUAUCUGGAAAGGGCUUCAGUUCAACUACAAAGUGGAUGCGGUUUUCUCCCUAGGUCAAUUAUCGAUGAUAUUUCUAGUUGACCUACUGGCAAUCUCGCCAAGUAUACUGAGAACCAAAUUGGCUCUGCUUCUUCAUGCUUCUUUCGUUCUGUUGGACCAUUAUCUUCGGGUUGUUCAGGAUCAAGCAUGUGUUUUGUUGAUCCACUUACUUCAUGAGCUAGCAAUUGAUAAUGAUAAGGCAAAAGAAAUUUUCACAUUUCUUAGACAGCCUGAUUAUUCUAAAAAGUUAUGGGUGUACGAUAAUCUUCGAACCAAUAGAAAUGGUACCAGAACUCCCAGAAAUAUGGAUAAAUUGAUUAGAGAGGUUUUGCAGAUAUUCACACCAAUUUUUCCUGGACUCCAAGAAGAAUGGAGUAGAACAGCAUUGAAGUGGGCUACUAGUUGUGCCGUACGUCACAUAGCAUGCCGAUCCUUCCAAAUAUUCAGAUCGCUACUUUAUUUCUUGGACCAGAGGAUGUUAAAGGAGAUGCUUCAUAGGUUAUCAAAUACUAUUUCUGAUGGAACUCCAGAUAUUCAAGGGUUUUCGAUGCAGAUAUUGAUGACUUUGAACGCUGUGACAGCUGAGUUGAGCUCUGAAACAUUGAUUGACUUCCCCCAAUUGUUUUGGUCCAGUGUUGCGUGUUUGAGUACAAUCCACGAACAAGAAUUUAUAGAGGUUCUUUCAUCACUUUCUAAAUUUAUUUCGAAGAUCGAUUUGGACUCUGAAGAUACUGUCAAUUGUUUGAUCUCCACGUUUCCUCCCAAAUGGGAAGGAAAAUUCGAAGGAUUGCAGCCAAUAAUUAUGGUGGGCUUGAGGUCAAGUAAUGCAUAUGAACCGUCAUUAAGAUUACUGAACCGCUUGAAUUUGUUGAAAGACAGCAAGAUUUUAGGCACAGGUGAUCUUCGGUUGCUUUACGCCUUACUAGCUAACCUGCCCAGUUUCUUGCAUGCUAGCACUGAAAAUAAUUUCCCUGAAGAUGUGAUAAAUGCUGGUAAAGUUAUCUCUCAAAUGGCUGAUGCCAACGACAAACCCGCACUUUCAGCUAUCAUUGAUUCAUUAUUAAAGGAUAAGUUCAGAAGGAAAAACGACUUCCUGAGUCAAUUUUGUUCGGUCCUAAGACAAUAUUUCUUACCAUUGUACGAAGCUCAGAUUCUCGUAUUUUUGUUGGGAUUGCUACCAAAUAAGAUAGGCUGGAUCAAGAUAGAAGUAAUGGAUCUUUUGAAGUUUAUUUUCCCAAUUGUCAACUUGGAAAGCAGUCAGUUUACCGGAGUUGGAGCAGACCUUAUAGCUCCUUUAUUGAGGCUAUUGUUGACAGAUUAUGCAGACCAAGCGCUGAGUGUUUUGGAAACUAAUGUUCUGAUCUCAGGAUCCCAACUGGACCAAGAUGUUCUACGCAUGAGUUUGGGCAAUGAGCAUAUCAAGAAAGAGUAUGAAAAGACUGCUACUCUAUUUGGAGUACCUGAACCAAGCGGUUGGGCCAUUCCAAUGCCUGCAAUAACAGCCGCUACAACUCGAAAUAAUAUACACGCAGUUUUUUCUACGUGUGUUGUCGCUUCCAACACUGAAGCUGAAUUGGCUCACAACAAUGAAGAGAUACAGUUUCACUCGGAAGAGUAUCCUCCUUAUCAACCAAUUGCUCAACCAACAGAGGAUGCAUACUCGGUGGUUAAUAACAAUACUGGAGAAUGGGGACUGAACAAUAUGCUUGAAACAUUAAAUAACUUGGAUUCAUUCUUUACCAAUGACGAACCAAGAACUUUCUUCGAUGGAGGUGACCACAAGUACAAUAAUUCGAUAGACACCAAGGCUAGUGGAAUGGAAACAAUCACUCAAAUGGAAUCAGCACCUCAAGUUUAUGAUAAGAAAGCAUCGAUGAUCUUGAACAGAAGUCUUGCAAGGUCACCUUCGAAUGCAUCUUUUAAGAGUCCACUUAUGGAUGCCUUUAACCAACAAUCAGGGCAUACUUUCAGGAAGCACGAUGAACUGAACGCCGAGGGCACAAAUAACGAGGAGAACAAAUCUUCAGUAUACCCAGCUAGCGAGAUUCCCCUGAACAUGGAAAAAUCCUCAUAUCUGUUAUUUAGGGGUAGUAGAGGUUCUCCAGUGAAGCCACGAGGCGUCAGCAGGAAAAAUAAACCAGAGAGAAGGGAGCAGUUUGAUAAGACUCCACCUUUGGGACCCACCAGCUCAGGAUCUCAAAUAAGUUCUGAGUUGCUUCAAAACGAACCAACAUCUGGCAGGGUAAACCUUGAGGAAACACAUUUUCGAUUCGAAGGAUUGCUGAGAACGAAACGGAAACAAAACAGGUUUAGUGUAAACUCAGGAAAUGUCACGUCAAGCAAUGAUAAUCUGCAUACGCCUGUUCUCACUCGUAAUUCAUUCCCUGCCAGGUCACCUUCGUCUGGUAGUAGUGGAGGAUUGAGUCCUGUAUUCAACCCUGCUACAGCUCCUUCAAAUGGUCCAAGCGGACCCAGAGGAAGAGAUGUGCGCUCCUCUGUUUUUGGCCGCAACCACAGGAAAUCAUCUCCAAAGUCAUAA